CGGAAGAGAAUGUAUACAAUGGAAAUCAAAAAAUCAAUUAAGUUAUGAAAAACACCAUUAAUUGUCUUUCUUUGUCGCAGCUGCACAUAAAAAAUGGCGGAUAUCUCGACACAGUCAUUUAGAUGUCGUUUAUGAGCGUUGAGUUACUGGAUGAAAACGGCUACAGACCAGAGGUUUAUUUAUGAUAUUUAGAACUACUGGAGAAGCACAGUUUCCUGGAAAGCAGCAUGAGCUGAUAGUGCCUGAGGUGUUUCAAAAGAGAGAGGCUGCCCGGAAGAUGCCAAGAAAAAAACAACAGAAUCCUCAAUCUGUCAAGUUGGAUUCUGAAGAUGGUGUAGUGACCAUUGUAGCUCCAGGAAUCCUCACCUUGGAGGCAGAUUUCCUUCUGGGACACGACCUUGAGUUUUGUGACGCCGACCAUGACAAGAUCCUAGGCCUGGACGACAAGUACUCAGCAGCUGAGAUCUCUGUGUACCCUCUGGGUGAUGAGGAGAGUUGUGCCUUCAGCAGUCUCAGUAUGGCUGGGCAGUGUGACCAGGAGCAGGGCCCUGAGUCCCAGCCCGACCACGAGCCUCCCUACCUGUCCUGCCGGGGCUGUGGUCUGGACCUAGUGGGACCCUACUGUCACCGCUGCUGCAAGGGAGAGAGGGGGGAGUUCAGAGGCUUUCGCUCCGGUUCCCGAUCACAAGCGGACGAUGGCGAGGAAGGGGACGGAGGCGGGAUGGACGAUAAUUUCCUAAUGGGCGACGACGGUCCUUCCUCCAAGCGCCACUCCUGCCAGUUGUGUGGGUUCUCCUCACGCUAUGCCAAUCACGUCAAGAGGCACAUGAAGACUCACAACGGGGAGAAGCCGUACCGUUGUCCCCUGUGUACCUACGCCUCGGCCCAGCUGGUCAACCUGCAGAGACACCUGAGGAUUCACACUGGGGAGAAACCAUACAGCUGUGACUCCUGCUCCUUCGCCUGCAGUUCCCUAGGCAACCUGAAACGGCAUCAGAGGAUGCAUGUGGUGGGACAGGAAGCAGUCAGACCUGCUAGUGGACCUCCUAUUGGUCCCUCUGGUCUGAAGAGGCAGCGGGAGGAGGAGCCUAAUGUGCCAGCUGAAGAAGCCUUAAGGCCUGACCUGAACCUCUAUGUAGGGGGCCAUAACAGAGACUACCUGCCAUGCUCUGAUGGACUGAGGUUACCACCACCAGAACUCCCUGAGCACCAUCCCUCAACACUUCUGGAGGUCCCUGGCUGUGGACCUGGGGCUGAGUGCGGGAGUAGUGUUGGGGCUGUGGUGGGAGUGAAGUCCGAGGACAGAGAUUCGCUCCCUCCUCUCCCUUUCCUCUUCACCUGUCGUCUCUGUGGUAUCCCCAUGGAGGACGAGGACGGCUCCACCACCCAGAUCUGUGCCAAGUGCACCCUGGACAUGCUGAACAAGGACUCGUCUGGCCCCAACAGCCCCGGAGAGCGCGGGGACAAGGUCUACACCUGCAGUGCCUGUCCCUUCCUCACCCACUACCCCAACCACCUGGCGCGACACAUGAAGACUCACAGCGGCGAGAAGCCGUACAAGUGCCCUCAGUGCGACUACGCCUCCGCCCACUUCGACAACCUGAAACGCCAUCACCGCGUGCACACGGGCGAGAAGCCGUACAAGUGCCACCUGUGUGACUACGCCUGUGGGAACCUGGCUAACUUAAAACGUCACCAGCGGGUCCACUCGGGCGCCAAGCCGUUCCAGUGCGCAGUGUGUAGCUACAGCUGUAACCAGAGUAUGAAUCUGAAGAGACACAUGCUGAGACACACGGGAGAGAAGCCUUAUAAGUGCCAGCAGUGUGGCUACACCACGGGACACUGGGACAACUACAAACGACACCAGAAGAAACAUGGCCUCGCCACCGACGGAUGGGUCAAAGUUCAGAGGCCAGGUGCCCAUGAGGAGGAGGAGGAGGAGAGGGUAACAUGUAAAUAAAAGAUAAAUCCUAGAUUGUUUUUGUUAUUUUUGUCAAAGAUCUUCUGCGGCUGCUAUGUAGAAUCAUGCAAAAUAUAAAAUGAUUGUGAUUAAUUUUUAUGUUUUUUUUUAAUGCCUUUUGGACACAGAGUUGGAUGGAGGAAGCUAUUUUUUUUUGUUGUUGUUGUUGCCAGACAAAUGAACUACUUUAACAUUCCCAUCCGCUGCAUUCUCCACCAUGUUGUUUUCUUACACACACCAACUGUGCCCUACAGCUCCUCUUAACAUCAUUGCACAUUAUGGCUUACAACCACUAGUUGACCUCUUCUUACAGAUGUAGGACCUUCAUUUGAACCAGUUUUGCAACAGCAGGAAAAUAUUCCUUGCUUGUAAACAGGAAAUGUGGAUUAUAAUUCAUGGACUUUUUUUUAGGGACUGAUUUUGUUUUUUUUUCUUCUUCAAGUCUGAAAUUUCAAAGUGGAAAUGUAACUUUUUAGAAGUUUUAAAACAAAUUAAAAAAACUCUUACACUACAA